AACGCUUAUUGUUCUGAAAAGUAUGAGAAUACCAACUUGUUUGACUGUUCCAAUUUAUGACUUUCCCAAUCUAAUCGCGAUUUAUCGGAGUUACGAUGCGUUACAUGCGAGAUUAUUAAAUGACUCACUCACGAUAAUUACCCCUGCGAACGAUAUGUGUACACAACAUCACCCUGGCCGCACCUAUUCUCAUCACUAGUACAGCCGAGCAAUUCCAAGUUGCACGACCAUGCUGCCCAUCCGUGCUGCGUUCGCAAGAGCCAACGUUUUUACGGCGCACCGAUCCCCGGCGUAUGCGGCCAUCAUUCGUCUCAAAGCAACCCUUCCGGUUGUGAGCGGCGGCCAACCACCAGACCCGUUACCAUAUUCACCGUUCGGAGCGAAGCAAUCGAACACCGCCGAAUGGACUGUGGCCCGUUUGGAUGAUUUGCUAAACUGGGGCCGCAAAGGAUCAAUGUGGCCGACAAUGUUCGGCCUGGCGUGCUGUGCCAUGGAGAUGAUGCAAGCGGCCGCUCCACGUUAUGAUAUCGAUCGGUUUGGCGUACUGUUCCGUGCCUCCCCCCGGCAGACGGAUUUCAUCAUUGUGGCUGGCACGCUGACGAACAAGAUGGCACCGGCGCUACGUAAAAUUUACGACCAAAUGCCCGAACCAAGGUGGGUAAUUUCGAUGGGCAGUUGCGCCAACGGUGGCGGCUACUAUCACUAUUCGUACUCGGUGGUGCGUGGCUGUGAUCGGAUCAUACCGGUCGAUAUCUACGUUCCAGGGUGUCCACCGACGGCAGAGGCACUAAUAUACGGAGUGCUGCAAUUGCAGAAGAAAGUUAAACGCAUGAAAACGGUACAAAUGUGGUAUCGUAAGUAGUUAUGCGUUGUUUCUCG